AUGGAGGCUGAGGAGCCACCUGAGGCCAGGGCAUGCUGCCCCGAGGUCUUGGGGAAAGCCAGGAGAUGCUGCCCUGAGGCCCUGGGCAAGCUCCUGCCUGGCUUCUGUUUCCUCUGCUGCCUGGUAACCUAUGCACUGGUGGGUGCUGCUCUGUUCUCCGCAGUAGAGGGCCGCCCUGAUCCAGAGGCAGGGGAGAAUCCUGAGUUGAAGAAGUUCCUGGACAAGCUGUGUAGCAUCCUGAAAUGUAAUAGAACAGGUAGGUGCCUGAGAGUGGUGGAAGGCAACAGGAAGGACCUGUGUGAGCACCUGCAGCAGAUGAAGCCCCAGUGGUUCAAGGCGCCUGAGGACUGGUCCUUCCUGAGUGCUCUCUUUUUCUGCUGCACAGUGUUCAGCACAGUGGGUUAUGGCCACAUGUACCCUGUUACCAGGCUUGGCAAGUUCCUGUGCAUGCUCUAUGCUCUCUUUGGAAUCCCUUUGAUGUUCCUGGUCCUCACAGACAUAGGGGACAUCCUAGCCACCAUCUUAUCCAGGGCUUACAAUCGGUUCCAGGCUCUCCUUUGCCUCCCCCACGCUCCCUCCAAGUGGUGCUCCAGCUUGCUCUGCAGGAGGCAGCCUGAGAGCAAACCUGUGGCUGAAACCGUCCCUCAGAUUGUCAUCAGUGCUGGGGUGGAUGAGUUCCUAGACCCCCAGCCAUACCGGGAGCCUGCAUCUCCAAGCUGCAAUGUGGAGCUGUUUGAGAGAUUAGUUGCACAAGAGAAACAGGACAAGCUACAACCACCCACGAUGCGGCCUGUAGAGAGGAGCAGCUCAUGUCCCGAGCUGGUGCUGGGACGACUGUCCUGUUCUAUCCUUAGCAAUCUGGAUGAAGUGGGCCAGCAGGUGGAGAGGCUGGACAUCCCUCUCCCCGUCAUCGCCCUGGUCAUCUUUGCCUACAUCUCCUGUGCAGCUGCUGUCCUCCCAUUCUGGGAGACGGAGCUGGGCUUCGAGGAUGCCUUCUACUUCUGCUUCGUCACACUGACCACCAUUGGGUUCGGGGACAUCACCCUAGAUCACCCCCACUUCUUCCUCUUCUUCUCCAUUUAUAUCAUUGUCGGCAUGGAGAUCGUGUUCAUCGCCUUCAAACUGAUGCAGAACAGGCUCCUACAUACCUACAAAACCCUCAUGCUGUUUUUUUGCAAAAGGGAAGUUUCCCUACCUUGCUAA